AUGUAUAUUCGUAAAAAUCUUGGCAAUCAAUUGCGUUUACUUGCUUUAAUGACAUGGAAUUACAUUCAAGAAUCAUCAAGUGAUUAUAAUUUUUAUCGAAGUGAAGAAGGUAUACGAAAUCUAUCAAAAAUUAUUCAAGGUUUAGCACCUAAUCAUCAAUUAGUUGUUAAUUAUGAUCCAAAUGGUGCAAUCAUUGGUACUACUAAUCUAACAAAAUGGGCUCAUCAAUAUAAUUUUAGUGUUUAUCCAUUUACAUUUCGACAAGAUCUAUUUUCUAGUAAUAGUUUUGAAGAACUUGUGAAAUAUUUUUGGCAUACAGUACAAGUGGAUGGUUUUAUAACUGAUCAUCCAAAUGUAAUUCUUUAA